UAGCUUUCAUUUGUUUAGUGGCGGUUAAUAUUAAUGAGAAAAUAAGAUUUAAAUGGGUGUGUACUAUAUUGUCAAAAUCGAACAAAUAAUACGAAUUGCAUACAUUUUUGAUUAAAUCAUAUUUUGAUUAUAUUUAUAUCUGAAAUAAUCACUGAAUUGUAAAAACUGUAUGUGUGUAUGUGUGUGUAUACAAGGAACAAAAUAAAUUCAAAAUGAGUGCGCGUCUUUUAAAAGAUCCUGCUACUGUUAGUAGUCGGAUAUUUGUAGGUCAUCUACAAACAGAUGAUAUGACAAAACACGAAUUAGAAGAACACUUUUCAAAAUAUGGAACUAUUGUGGGAUCUCUUAUUAAUCGAGGAUUUGGUUUUGUUCAAUUUGAAGAAGAACAAUCUGCUCAGAAAGCUAUUCAAAAUGAAAAUGGAGCAAUGUUUAAAGGCAGAAGAAUAGAUGUGAGACCUGCCAAAAAAGAUUCGCAAUCUAGUAACAAUAAUACAGGAGGAGGAGGAGGAAAUAACAGUGGAGGAAUAAAUAAUCCUGGAAGUAUAGCUGGUUCUAGUAUAGGUACUGUUGGUAGUGGACCAGGAAAACCACUGGGUGGUUCUAACAAUCAAUUCAGUACCACAAACAAUCAUUUUAAAAAUGCAAAUGACUCCUUCGGUAGUGGAAAUCCGAACUUUAGUAGUGGAAAUCAAGGAUUUAAUAAUUCAAAUCAGAAUCUUCCUAACGAUAAUCAAUUUGUUGGUAACAAUUCUGUAACAAGUCCAUUCAUUGAUGGAAAUCAGAGCAGAGAUAGUACAAAUGAUCAAUUUGGCAAUUUGAAUCAACUUCGAGGAAAUAAUAAUGAUCAAUUUAAUAAUAAUAGUCAAAAUAGAAACAGCAAUCAAUUUGGUCCUGGUAAUCAAAACAGAAGCGGAACUGAACCAUUUGGUAGUGGUCCAGGUAAUCAGAAUAGAGGCGGUACUAAUCUGUUUGGUCUUACUACAAAUCAAAAUAGGCCAGGUAACAACCAAAAUCGGAAUCAAAAUAUACCUGGUGGUAAUCAAAAUUCAGGCAAUGGUGGUGGAGGAGGAAAUACUCCUGGUGGAGGUGGUAGAUUGCGAGGAACUAGAGGAGGAAAAAAUAGAAACAAAAAUAGAGAUAAUUCAUCUGGGAAUAAUUUUAGAGAUCGUAGUCCAAUUAAUAGAAGUAAUCGUAUAGAUGAUAAAACUGGUCGUGAUUGGGAACAUAAACCAAAUGAUAGAUUACGUAGCAAUGCUUUUGGAGGAAGAGACUCUUUUAAUGAUAGUAACUCUCGUUAUGAUGAUUUCAAAAAUUCUGGUCCUCGGGAUAUGAACAUUAACUUUGGAAACAAUUCAAAUUCAGAUUAUCCAACAAUUGCAGCUGAAAAAAAUGAUUGUGAAAUUAUAGUAGUUAAUAAAGCAUUAACAGAAUAUGCAGAAGCUAUCGAAAUGCGUUUAAAAAAAGUAGGUCUAACCGUAGAUCUAUUAUUUCCAAAUGAAGAUGUUCUUUUGAGUCGUGUUCUUGGAAAUAUAGCAAGUCGUGGUUGUUUGUAUGCUGUAGUGGUAACACCUAUUAAUCAAGAACAUCAUUCUCUCACGCUUAACAUCUUACAUGGUUUACCUCAAGAACACAGAAAUAUGCCUGUUGAAGAUGCUAUUAAUUUAAUAUCAAGAGAUUUUGCUAAUUACAAAGCAGGAGGUCGUUCAGUCCCUCUUAAUACACCUCUUACAAUGGAACGUCAUCCUGACGCCAUCCAAGUUCUUUUAAAUAUGUUAGCAGAUAAUCGUCAAUUGACUGUACUACAAUACGAUAGAGUUAUAAAGUACCUUGAAGUUAAAAGAGAAGAGCAAGUAGAAGUAGAAUUGGGCGAUGCAAAAGAUUUACCAGCUACAACAACAUUGACAGUUAACGAUCCAAAGCAAGCUGAGCUACAAUCGAGAAUACUUAAUAUUUUGAAUAGUAAUAAAAGCAACUCAUCAGUUCCAGUACCAAGUCCAGUUCCGGCACCAACGCCAGCACCAGCUCCUGUCCCUCCAGCUAAUUGGGGAACAGCAGCAUCAACAAAUGCCACAUCAGCAUCAACGACUUCAACAACUACUACGGGAGUUUCACCAUCGCCAUUAUUAAAUGAUCCAACGGUUCAAAAGGCUCUUGACAGUUUGUUACAAGGCAAUUUGCUCAAGAGCAUUGGUGAUCAACAACCACCACCACCACCAGCAGUAGCACCAACACCAACACCAACACCUCUUUUUGCAGCUUUUCCUAAUAUUGGACGUUUCUAACUAGCAUUACCGUAAUUCAUGAAACUUUUUUAACCACUCAAACGACUUCGUUCUUAAUCACUCAUUUUUUUCUACAUUAUUCAAUGAUAAAUAUUGCACACUUUAUAAAAAUCGUAGAAAAUUGCUAUACAUAGCAUUUUCUUUUAUUUAAUACUACAUACUUCAAAUACAUAUUUGAAUUCUUUAUAAAAUGCUUUCUUCUUUAUAUUCAAUGGUAUUAAAACCGAAAUGCUUUGCAUAUACAUAUAAUACUUUUAUUUUCUCUUUUUUUUUGUAUAAGUAAUAGAAUAUUUGAAGUGUGUGCGUUUAUCUAAAUUACUCAUAAUCAUGUUACUUUCAAUCAUAUGUAUGAAAUUUCUAUAUACUAUUUAUCAAUUUUAUUUUGAAUAGUGUACAGAAAUUGAAUAUUUUAUUGAAG